AUGCUCGUCCGACAAUCAGCCCAAAGAUUGGCUCCCGCCUCCCGCCUCGGGCUCGGGCUAGCCGCCCGUGCGCCAGCCAAGCGCUUCCUCUCUUCAACGCCCUUACUGCGCAACGCCGAAAAGCCCAGUGCCUAUCGGGAAUCGGUAAGUAUCUGUCCUGGGAGGGAGCUUCUAAGGUCCUUUGAAUGUCUAUCACGAUACAUGAGGGCAUGUUUUGAAUAUAAAGAUGGACUGACAAGUGGCCAGAUGUCCAAAUAUAAGACCUUCAUGGGCCCCUUCGGCAAAGUCUUCCUUGGGGCAAUCCUCACCUACCAAAUUAUCUACUGGAGCUGGCUGAAGUUGGAGAUGGACGAGUCGAAGCUGGAGAAGAACGAAGAAAUGGCUGGGCUGGAGAAAAAGGCACGCGAGUUGGCAGCCGCACAGAAAUAA